UCUAACACUGCGGAAUAGUAAGUAAACAUUUGAUCAAGUUGUCAUUCAUUUAAGACCUUUUUUUAACCGACGUAAUGGAAGAAAACAAACCAGAGAAGAGGAGAAGAAGAAAGCGCAGAAAUGCAAGGCUACCUUCGAAAGAAAAAGAGGAAUCAAGGGCGAAGAUCGAACGAGUCUGUGCUCCAGCGGAUUACAAGAUAAUGGAAGAACUCAUAGAAGACCCGGUAAGCGAAGAAAAUGAGCGAAGAAGGAGAGCUAUUGAGAAGUGGACUGAAGAGUCACACGAAGAGUUUGCAAAUGGUCUGGCUGUGCAUGGAAAGAAAUUCCGUAAAGUGGCUGACCAUCUUCCAGAAAUGACUGUAGCAGACUGUGUAGAACAUUACUACAUGACCAAGCCCUUUGACUUCAAUUUCGCGGAGUGGGAGGCUAAUGAAAAAGCCAAAGACGACGGCUUACAGCCUUCAUCAAUAGGGUCCAAAGGAAUUUCUUCUGAUUGGGCUCAGUCGUCAACUACAUCUGAGCCUCAAUCAAUUGCAAGCUCUCCCGUAGGUGAACCGUUGGGAGUAAAAAGAGAAGAGGAACUGAAAAAUUCUGAAGAGGCAGAUUAAUUAAAUGCCGAGAAAUGAUAUAAAAUUUCUGAUGAUAGUCUACUUUUAAGCGAUGCCGAUAAGUCCAAAUAAGGAAGUAUCAUGUGCACUCACCAGUGGUUAUUUAAUAAAUAAUCAUUAAG